AUGACGCCGAUGAAGUCGGCACAGCAAGGAGUCAGCUGCGGCAAGAUUCUUCAGCGGUUCCCGACCACGGACUGGGAAGACACGCCAUUUAUCGAUGGCAUCGAGCUGUUCUGCCAGCCGCAGGGCUGGGCGCUUUCCACGGAGCGUCUGGAGCCGCGCUUCUUCGUCUCGGUGCUCACAGACGUGGACGCCAACCGGCACUACUGCGCCUGCCUCACCUUCAACGAGACCGUCACCAUCCAGCCCAGCAAGCCGGUGGACGAGCCGCUCGCGCCGCGCGUGUGCCGGCAGUUCUGCCAGCCGCAGGGCUGGGCGCUUUCCACGGAGCGUCUGGAGCCGCGCUUCUUCGUCUCGGUGCUCACAGACGUGGACGCCAACCGGCACUACUGCGCCUGCCUCACCUUCAACGAGACCGUCACCAUCCAGCCCAGCAAGCCGGUGGACGAGGAGGAGGAGACGUUCAGCGGCGAGCGAAACGGCCUGCAGCGUCUGCCGACCAUCACCCACCACAGCGUCAUGUACGCACCCAAGGCGCUGGUGCUCGUCUCCCGGCUCGACUACUUCGUCACUUUCAGGAACUGCCUGGGCAUCCUGUACGCCGUGUACACGGACAACCUCGGCGUGGACCUGGAGGCGCUGGUCGGCAACAUCCUGGGCUGUGUGCAGGUGCCGCCUCCGGGCGGGCCCCAGGUGCGGUUCAGCAUCGGCGCCGGAGACCGGCAGGCGCUGCAGCCGCCGCUCUCGCCGACCAUCCCCACGACAGGCACGGCCGUGGCGCAGCUGUUCGGCCAGCUCGGUAUCAAGAACGUGAUGACGCUGUUCUGCGCGGCUAUGACAGAGCACAAGAUCCUGAUGCACUCGUGCUCGUACUCGCGGCUGACGGAGGCCUUCCACGCGCUCACCUCUCUCAUGUACCCCUUCAAGUACAGCUACGUGUACAUCCCGGUGCUGCCGACCCUGCUGCUGGAGGUGGCCAACACGCCCACGCCGUUCAUGAUGGGCGCGCACUCGUCGGCGCUGCGUAACCUGCCCGACCUGAUGGACGUGAUCGUGGCCGACCUGGACGGCGGCAGCGUGAGCGUGCCGGAGUCGUGCGUGAUCCCGCAGCUCGCCGAGCCCGUGCGCUCUGUGGCGCUGCACAGCCUGUCGCAGGUGCUGCACCCGGACUUGCACCGCUCCGACCACGCCUUCCCCUCGCCGGUGCGGCCCUCGCCCCCGCUGAUCCUGGACAAGGAGAUCCGGGCCGUGUUCCUGCGCCUAUUCGCCCAGCUGCUGCAGGGCUACCGCAACUGUCUGACCCUCAUCCGCAUACACCCGUCGCCGGUCAUCACCUUCCACAAGGCGUCUUUCCUGGGCCAGCGGUCCCUGGUCGACUGCGCGUUCACCGCCCGCCUGCUUGACUGCAUGUUCUUCACGGCGUUCAUCACGGAGCGCGGCCCGCCGUGGCGACCGUGUGACAUCUUCGACGAGGUGUACUGUGGCAUCGCCGACCAGGUCCGCCAGGAGGCCGGCGACCGCUCGCUCACCGUCGCCCACCUGCAGGAGCUGGCGCAGCAUCUCUACAACAACGAGAGCCCCAGCCAGCAGCCGUACGUGGAGAAGAUCCCGCGCCCCACCGAGGGCUCGUUCCGGCGCAUCCACCAGCCGGUGUUCCCCACCCUGCAGCCGGAUGUCGUGCACCGCGUCAUCGAAGAGGGCAGGAGCAAGACCAACCUCAAGCAGAGUGUCCUGACUAGCGAGGGGCUGGCCGCCAUCAAGCCGCAGCCGAACCGGAUCGUGCCGAUGGGGCCGCACAUCUCGAGCCUGCAGCCGGACGGCCGCCAGAUUGUCAACAACUCUGCCCGCCGGCUAGAGGUGCUGCGCAACUGCGUCAGCUGCAUCUUCGAGUCCAAGAUCUCGGACGCGCGCAAGUCUUUCCCGGCGGUGCUGCGCGCGCUGAAGAACAAGUUCGCCCGGCUGGUGCUCUGUCACGAGCUGUCCCAGCACGUGAUCGGCAACAAGGCCAUCCUGGACAACGAGCAGUUCGAGCUGGUGGUGCGCCUAAUGAACUGCGCUCUGCAGGACGACUCGACCAUGGACGAGCACGGCGUGGCGGCCGCCAUCCUGCCGCUGGCCACCGCCUUCUGCCGCAAGCUCUGCACCGGCGUCAUACAGUUCGCCUACACCUGCAUCCAGGAGCACACCGUGUGGCAGAACCUGCAGUUCUGGGAGUCGGCCUUCUACCAGGACGUGCAGCGCGACGUGCAGCGGCUGUACGCGCCGCGGCAUGAGUCGCGCUACGGCGUGAUCGACGCGACGGGCGCCCAAUUCGGCGUGCUCGACGAGCGCGACAGCGGCGGCUGGCGCUCGGAGCGGCGCGCCGAGCCGUCGGCGCUCGAGCUCGCCGCCGACCAGCUGCGCAUGCGCGCGCAGAUCGAGGACGCCAAGCUGCAGGAGCUGAUCAAGACGGAGGAGUCGACCGUGUUCAGCCAGGCCAUCCACUAUGCCAACCGCAUCGUCUACCUGCGUGUGCCCCUGGACGUGGUGUCGCGCCGACAGCGUGUUCACAACUACAACGAGCGCGAGAGCAACAGCAACAGCGUCACCAACAGCGUGGCGGACGCCGAGACGGACAGCAUGACGGCCGAGUCGGGCUUCGAGGAGCCGGAGACGCCGUCGGCCGGCCUCGAGGUGACCCGCUUCGUGUCGCGUUUCGUCGACAAGGUCUGCACGGAGGGCCACGUCACGCCCGAGCAUGUCAGGCAGCUGCAUCAGAUGGUGUCGGGCGUGGUGGCCAUGCACAUUGAGACGCUGGAGGCCGUCAGCAAGGAGUCCAAGCGGCUGCCGUCCACCAAGAAGCCGAAGAUCCUGAUGCCGUCGCUGCUGCCGGGCGAGGAGCUGCUGACGGAGGCGGUGCGGGUGUACCUGCUGCCCGACGGUCGCGAGGAGAUGACGGCGCAGCUGGGCGGACCCGCCCUGCUGCCGGCCGAGGGCGCCUUCUUCAUCACCAACUACCGGCUUAUCUUCAAGGGCGCGCCGUGCGAUGCUUUCGCCAGCGAGCUCACCAUCGUACGCUCGUUCGCCGUCUCGUCGCUGACCAAGGAGAAGCGGAUCAGCGUGCAGUACCUGCCGCACCUGGACCAGUGGCUGCAGGAGGGACUCCAGCUGCGCUCCAACACGUUCCAGCUGAUCAAGCUGGCGUUCGACGAGGAGGUGACGGCCGAGAGCAUCGAGCGGCUCAAGAAGCUGAUCCAGCGGCUGCGGGCGCCGCCCACCAUCGCCGAUCUGUUCGCCUUCCGCGGCCAGCACUUCGUCACGGCCGCCACCAGCGCCAAGGACAAGCAGAAGAACGCGACGCUGCGAGGCUUUGCCAAGAAGACGCUGCUGCGCACGGCGCGCAAGGCGGGCCUCAAGACGAAGGCCUCCAAGCGGCAGAAGUACGUGCUGUCGGUGGACGGCCGGGCCAUGACGUCGCCGGGCAGGAUGAGCCUGGCGCCCGCCGACAGUUUGGAGUGUCUGCCUGGCCAUGAGGACGAGCUGUCAGUGGUGGACGAGGCGGAGGUGGCCAGCCAGGGCAGCUCCUCCCACCUGCAGACCACGCCCGUCGAGUCCGUCUCCAUGGAGCGGCUGACUGAACGCAGCUACUACCGGGACUGGCAGCGCCUGGGGCUGGGUCAGCUGACCAACGCCACCCUCAAGAGGAUGGAGCCGUUCCGCGUCACGGCUGUCAACAGCUCCUACACCGUCUGUCGCAG